GAGUAUGAGGUGCCAUAUAUAGUACUACAUACGUGUUACGAGUGAAGUGGUGGUGGUGAGUGAAGUAGUGAUCCCAAGCAACACGCUGUUAUCCUCUUGCUUCUUGAGUCAAGACUGGCCUGGGCUCGAAGACGUAAGCAAAGCGACGCAGUCUUUGCAUGCAUCAGGCCAGACGCACGCCCCAGGCCAAAACCUGACACUGGCGUGACAAUGAGCUGACUUCCCCCUCCUGCCGCUCUUUGUGGGCACUACAGUGAGGUGUUGUUCAAAAGCCAGCGAUGCUGGCUCAGGCCUCCUGCUGUGUGUUCUUGAUAAUUACAUGAACUUUUGCUUUACUUGAUGUAAAAGUGUAUCGGUGAGUGCUUCCCGUAAAUCCACGUAAAAAACAGGUGUGAGCGUGGAGGUGCGAGUAAGUGUGGCGACGCGUGACGGUGAGCGUCAUGUAGCUGGCAACAUCUAACCACGAGCAUUGUAGGGUGGUGGGACGAGCCAGGUCACCGUCUUUCAGGAGGGGUCAUCACGACCCUUGACUCUCGUUACUCAAUGUGGGCAGUUGGAGUGCGAGGCGAGGAGGGCGUGAGAGGUGGAGAUGGCUUGGAGGAGUGAUGUUGCCACCACUUAGAAGAGUGUGACCGCAGGGUGAGGUGCGUCACGCUUGUGAGCACACUGGCGGCGCCCGCCCCGCACCCCAUCGUGGGUGAGGCAAGAGCAAAAGGGAAUGGAGGGGCGGGCAGGAGGCCCUGCAACGCUGCCGGGCAACAAGGGCGCAACCCUGCCGGGUUAUCGCGUGGGGCCUGUACGUUAUGGUGUUCGCCUCGCGCCCCACGAUGCCCCGGGAGAGACUGUGCCAGCCCGACGCUGCUCGGAGGGCGAUCUUGGAGGGCCAGGAGAGAGCCGCGUGGUGAACCAGAGACCAGGACCUGAUCCUGUCUGUGAACCACCGCAAGUGUUCAAUGGGCCUGAUGGGCCGGUGAGGCAGGUGGGUCCCGGUGAGGGUGAGCGAGGAACCUCCUCGCCUCUACACCUGAAGGAAGCACAUUCUCUUCUCAACAACAAGUGGACACCCCUCACGGUUCCCUCGUCAACCUCCCUAUUGCCUCCGUCCCUGCCCCGUCAACAUCCACUCGGCCCGAGCUUCAACACCACACCCCGGCCCUACGUGACGCCUUCGUCUGGGACUCGGACUUCGGCACAUCAGAAUUCUGAUAAUAUAUGCAAUGACAACAACAGUAAUAAGAAAAGUGGUGCAGUUGGGUGGCUCCGGAUGACGGCAACAGAUGGCGCGGAUGUCCAUCCUGCCACCGAGGCUAAGACGGCUCAACUAAAAUUAUCCUCUCAUCCCUCGGCGGAAGGCACGCCAUCUUCCCCGCAGGGGACGGCGCGCCCUGUGCUGGCCCUCAACUUUCACGGUGACACAGCCACGUUCAGGAGCGAGGCCACCAUCGUGGUGACCCAGGUCAAUUUGGAUCAAGGGAAGAAGGAAAGCCUUAAGACUUGCUCUCCUCUUUGCCAGCGGCGGGGCAAUGCGACCCUCAGCCUUGCCGAGAGCGCUGCCGGCCAAGGGAAAACCUCAGGAGGGGAUAUGAGCGUCACUUGUGCUGGCGAAGGCUCGACCCUAUUGGAGGAGGUGAGGGCGGGCGGGCCGCCUCCCUCCGCCGCUAAAUAUACGUGUUGUGUGGCGGGCCGCUCCCCCCGCCACCCGCUGCCCCGCCACUCCACUAUGUUUAGCUACCCGGGCCCGGCGCGCCCCGCCAUCCCCGAGGAGCCCGUCAGUGCGCACCUCACCAGUGACCAGAACAGUGCCCGCCCGCCUACCACGCCUAGUGACGCCCAUGGAAUUGCAGUGCAGUGUUCGGUGCUUCCAGGAGAAGGGGGUGGUAGUGUAGCCUCGGGGGGCAGCGGUCAUGGGGACCGUGUGGCCCCCCCGGCGCCAGUGACUAGCCAGGCCUGCGUUCCCACCUCCACCACCACCACCACCACUACCACCCACUCUACCCGGAGGCCCGUCAGACCCAAACCAGAAAUACCUGACCAUUUGUACCUCCGCUGGGCUGCUCUCUUUCCCCCUGAUGCUGUCUUAGAGUAUCGUAAAUCUAGACUUCACUCCGAAGUGGGUGCGGGGGCCCCAGGGGGCAUUCCCGCCCCGUCAGAUGAGGGUCAUCAGCCGGUGACACCGGCUGACCUCGGCCGACCGCAAGGAGGGCUGCAAGAAACCCGGCAAGGACUCCAGCUUCUCACUCCUGGAAAGUCUGCCCAGUCUCGACUGGGCGACCCCACCGGCGGGCUGGGAGGUGGAAGAAAGGACGGGGGCCGCGGGCCCCCUCCGGCACGUCCCCCCAGGUCUCGACAGAACCAUCUAGAAGAACUGCGCAAAUGUACUGAAAGAUUGAAAACUCCGUCCCCAGACAAGAAGGUGCGGGCCGACUCUGCUCCCCCGCUUGAAACGACGGCAGUAACAGUGGCAGACGCGGCAGCACCAUCGGUGGCGGCAGCGAGUGAGAUCCAAGACGGGGCGGGAAUGGGGCGGGGUAAGGUCAGGAGACGUAGUAAUGAGACGCGACCUAUCUUGCAGCGCCAUCCUGCACUGGGUAAAAGCCCCAGCCUACCACCACAGCUACCUUCGGCCAAAGACUCAGAAAUUGUUGUGUCGUCGCCCGGCGGUAGCAAACAGAACACCAAGGAAGACCCACUUCAGUCAACACGGAGAGGGGAAGAAGAUUUGAUUCAAGAAGGAAUGACGAAGCUGCCGCCUCGGCCUCGCCCUGAGGCUCGCGUCGUCAUCCCUCCGCGAGUCAUAACCUUCAGAUCUGCAUCUGUUUCCUUGUGCAAGGACUAUUGGGGCUCCAACACACUGCCCAAGCGGAAGCCUGCCGUGGAGACGAAGGAAGGGGAGAACACUGGGGGCGGACCUUCUCACAUACACGCUCCUCUCACUGCCGCUGCUUCCAUCAGCGACAUGACCAACGUCGGGGCCAAGUCUGCGCUCUCUCAGCCUGAGAAACUCGAGACCAAGUCUAAAUCUGAGAGUGAAUUAUCCUUGGCGGGAAGGAGGGGAGUCAAAGGUGCCCUUUCGGAUUUGAGAGAUAGUCUCCGUAAAAAACGAGUGGGAUUCGGCAGCGUUCGUAGUGCGUCAGAGGAAGACAACGAGGCAGCAGCAAAAGGAGUGGGCUUGAGUGGGGAGGGAACAGGCCACUCGUUGGUCACUAAAAGUGAUGCUAAAGAUGACUGUUUAAGCGAACAAAAAUUAAAGGAAUAUAAAAACAAAGACGAAAAAGCUAGUGCUUUAAAAAGUGAGAAAAGAGAAAACGGCAAUAAAAAGGGGGAAAAAGAAAAGGACGGUAAAUGUAAUAGAGUUAGUUUUUCUGAUGAAGUGAAAGAUAACAGUUUGGAGGAGGAGGGCUGCGAGCUGCCGCACCUGAACCACCUGUCCGGUGAGCAGGGGGAGGCCCGCCAACCCUCUGUCGUCUUUACCCUCGGUGACCCUUCCACGGUCAACGAAGCCCUCACACCACUGGACAUCUCUGGCUAUCGAGGGGUGGAUGCGUUACCUGAGGAGAGCGGGGAACAUGAUGUGCUGGGCGGGAAGAGAUCUGCGGGAGAGAGCGAGUCCUGCCCAACUCCCGUUCCUGAGGCACGCGCGGGACCUGCUGGUGCACUCACAGCUCCGGUGUCUGUUAGUUUUGAAAAUACUUUGAAUGAGAGUGAAAAUAUUAUUCCCCCGGGCGGGGAUCUGCCAGCCUCUGGGGGACGGGCUCCCCCAGGAAACACUCCUUCACCUGGAUCUUCAUCUUUUCAACACCCGGAGCAUUUGUCUAGUCAUGCCUCAGUGGAAGUGCCUGAAAAUACUGACAGGACUCAGCAGUUGUCAGAACUGGACAGUAAAAGGCGCAUUUACUUUCUUUUGGGUAAAGUUAAGGGUGGGGAGGGGGAGGAAGUGCUAGAGCAAUCGUCCGGCCGUCAGUUAGAGUGCCAGGUGGUGCAAAAGGAUCCACGCCCUUCACAGUGCCUCGUCAUCAAGGCUGGGGCGCGAGUUGGUCGUAUGGUCAGAUCCGGUCCACGCCUCCCUCGUGAGGACUCUGAUGGCGAUAGCGGCGAGAGAGACGCUACUCAAACUUACAUGACACAGAUGAGUGACGACGGAGCCUUCGGGGAGGAGCUCAAGAGUCAGGACCAAACCUCUUCAGACUCCUCCUCGCAAGACAGUGUCGGGCCAGGCCAGGAAGGAGGGACGCCGGGCUCUGAGACACUGCAGGAUGUUCCCCUCAGGCCAGCGUUGCGUCGCCAUCGAAGUUCAAUGGAGGAAAACGAUGAGAGGCCUCAUCCUUUUCAAACUCCGAGAACGAGUUCGCAGACCAGUGACAUCAGAUACUCCGCUGAGGAUAAUGAUGGUACGAGAGAAUUUAGAGCACGGGAUGACAACAUGGAUCAGCACAGCCACUUCUCUCUGACCGAUCCUUAUCUGGGCGAGGUCACACCAGAGGCUUACCACUUAUUCCUGUUUUCCGAUCCUCGCGUCAUGGAUCGCGCUGAAAGAAAGAAAAAACAUCGUAGUGAUCCCAGCUGUGAGCGGCGAGCUAGCAGCGAGGCUCAGCGCUACUUGAGUGAGCCGCACCUGGGUGCCGCCAGGGCUCAUGGACCUCCAGACCGCUCAUCAGGGAAGGGUGUUGUAUCUCAGGCCUCCACAGAUUCCGAGGGUAAGGACGAGCGAGGAGAGCAGCAGCUCGUCAAUCCCCAGCGGAUAUCCACCCCGCAGGUCCUCUUAAUCGGUCACGACAGCGACGGCUCCGACUACCCACCGUGCCGGACUCCUGCCAGGAACGCUUCUCCAACACCAUACAUGCAGGACAGUGACUCUGGAGAGCGCAGCGCCCCUCGUAGUCCUCAUGUACCCCGCAGGUACUCUAAGAGACCACUGAGAGGUCCUUACGGGGGAUUGCUGGAGGCAGAAAUGAAUAAGUCUAAGGGGUCGUCUUACCUGGCGGAGGACACUUACUGGAGGGUGCGGGAUGCCAAGAGCUGCUCUCCCCGUCCGCCUUCCCCUGCCUCCCCUGCCGUGAUACUGGGCCAACAACCCCCCCUCAUCAUCCCCACCUGUCGCUCCUACGACGACUCCUCUAUCGCUAUUAACUACGCCGGCAGUGAGCGGCCACCGCGGCACAAGGUCAGCGAGGAACCAGAGUUGGACACAACAUCUCCCGGAGCCACCUCUCCCGUGGCCAGCGCCUGGGAAAGUGACGGUGAGGGUACUCGUUCCCCAGUGUCCCUCGCUCCCAUCCAUCAGCGCACUGUUUCGCCCACGGAGGGUGGCUUCACAUCUGAGGACGAACAGGAGUUGGUGGGGUUCUACACCGCAGCGAGACUCCUCGAACAAAACCACCAACAGCAGACACAAGAAAAACAACUGCACCAGCAGCAACAACAGCAUCAACCUCAACAUCAGCAACAACAGGGUAAGAAUCUUUUGAUUUUGGGGGGAGAGACGCGCCGGCACGCCGAACACCGACACUCCCAUAAACGACACAGGGACACUCGAGCACACGUGGUCGGGGAACUCUACGAAACGGAGAAAAACUACGUCAGGAACCUCAACUUCCUCUUAACGAGUUACCAACAGACGCUGAAGAGUCCAGAUUACAGUGCCAUGAUAGACUCCAACCUCGUCGACGAUAUCUUCUACAUGGUGCCUGAGAUCCACAUCCACCACGAGAGGUUCCUGGAGGACCUGAGACAACGGCAGGAAGCUCGCGAUGCUAGUCUCUGUGUGGGCGAUCUCGUCUUGCAACUGGUAAACAAUCCCAAUGUGGUGGAGUCUUACACAGCCUUCACCAACAACUGGAAGACAGCACAGGAGGCAAUCAAGGCAGCAUCCCAGGCCAAGCCAACCUUCAAACACUUCUUAGUGGCAAGGGCCAGGGAGCACCAAGGAAAGCUGGACCUCAAGGCUCUUUUGAUCAAGCCUGUCCAACGCUUCCCCCAAUAUGAGUUAUUGCUCAAACGCCUGCUGAAGCACACCAGCAGAGAACACCCAGACCAUGCCCUGGUGACAGAGGCAAUAGGGAUGGUGCAGCAAGUGGCCAGUCGGAUCAAUGCUGUGAAGGAGGAGGCCCUCCAGCAUGAACAACAGCAGCUCUGCCUCAAGGAGUUAGAGAACAUAAUUGAGGGCCUUGUGGGGCUGGUCCAACCUGACAGGACCUUCAUUCGCCAUGACCUUGUCACUAUGCAGUCUCGCCUGGUUGCUCGUAAGGAACGUUGCCUCUUCCUCUUCUCUGAUCUCCUUGUCAUCACAGCUAUAAAGAGACGGUCUGCCACUCUAAGAAAAGGUUCAAGUUUACUACUGACACUUGUGAAUUCUGUUGAGUCCAACAAAUUCAAACUCUCUAAAUUCAUUCCACUAGAUGACUUGGACAUAGCUAGGUCACGAGAUGAGAGCAUGAAAAAGUUGGCUCGUGAGAUAGAGGCACUCAAAGAGGACUUGAAGACACUACAGUACAUCUCCAAGCUGAGCAAGACCCUACGGUGUUCCCGGGGGUCCAUGGAUGAGGUAAUACAGGAUAUGAUCACUCAGGUACAGAAGCAGCUGACAGAGAGGCAAGAGACAGACUCCCAGCUGAUGGAACUUGAGCUUACAAUUACCACACAAGAAGUGAUGGAAAAUCUGACAUUCAUGUUCAGUAGUGCUGAAAAGAGAGCGAUGUGGGAGGAAGCAUUUAAUGAUGCUAAGCACAAAUUAGCCAUGUCAGCUGACCGGCGACCUCCUCCUGAGUUCGUAUCAGCACUUCCCAUCAGGAAAACUCGGGCUGGCCUUCAGUUUACAUGUGCCACUGCCACUCUUGGUCUCAAUGCUCACAACCUGAAGGAUGUCUGGGUCUGUAACAGUGAUGGAUAUGUAGGGCAGGUGUGCGUGCUCAGUCUGCAGCCAGACCCAACCGUGGCAUGCUGCAAUGGGGUCUGCAAUGCUCGAAUCCUGUCCAUUGCCUCCAUCCCCGCUGCCCCACAGUCCAAUUUCAGUGAUGAUGAUGAGGAUGAGGAGAUGCCCAUUGAUGACGACAUGAGGAAGCGGCGGAGUGAGUCACUUCCCCCUGAAAUGGGCUGUGACAACUCUGAGAACCACCAGCCCACCAUGUGGCUUGGCACAGAGGAUGGCUUCAUCCAUGUAUACAAUUGUUCCGACACCAUCAGGAUCAAGAAAAAUAAGUUUAAGUUCCAGCCUGGCUCUCCUGUCCACUGCAUUAUCCACCUAGACAACAGAGUGUUUGCAUCACUAGCCAAUGGUGACAUCAUCAUCUAUCGACGGGACAUGUCAGGGGAGUGGAAUGUGGCUGAGAGGCAGGUGGUGAGCAUCAGCACAGCUGCUUCUCCUGUCACCAAGAUGAUGGCAGUGGCUGGCAAACUUUGGUGUGCCACCAUGAACACCAUCAGAGUCCUCAACACUGCAUCUCUACAAGUAGAGCACUCCUUUGUGGUGGGAGGAGAGAAUGGCCGAGGAGUGUCCUGUAUGGUGUCUGCUGGCCAUGGAGUGUGGAUCUCCAUGCACAACUCCGCAUCAGUCCGGCUGUACCACACAUCCACCUAUGAGUGCCUGUGUGAGGUUAAUGUUGCCCCAGCCGUCACAAAAAUGCUUGCAAGCUGUGAUGACAUCAUUCGGCAGCAUAAAGCCGCCUGCCUGCGGGUCACCUCUCUCUUGGCGUGCCGGGACCUGCUGUGGGUGGGGACCAGUGCCGGUGUUAUUAUUACUGUGCCACUGGCCCACAAUACCCACCGCAUGCAGGCACCACCUAACAUGGUUGGCAUUCCCUAUGGCCACACAGGACAUGUCAGGUUUUUAACUAGUGUGGAGCUCACUCCUGAGCCUCGACCUUCCCGUCUCAAAGGCCACCCCAGAUAUUCCUUCAAGGGCAAGGACCACCCACACCACCAGCCAGGAACAGCUGCACCUGCCAAGCUGCUGGUCAUCUCUGGUGGUGAUGGCUAUGAGGACUUCCGCAACUCUGGCAUGUCUGAGGUGGCUGGUCGGGAUGAUUCCACCAACCAUCUGCUGCUGUGGCAGGUGUGAAGGGAAUGUCAAGUAUCUUUAGGUGGAUGAUCUUUCUGAAAAUAUCAAAGAAUCCACUGGAAUGGCAUCUGGUGGGUGUACCACACAACCUUUGAAAUGGGUAUUGCAUAAAAGCAUUAAAGAUCAUUGAGGUGUAAUAGCUUCUGGUCUCUUAUCAGAGGUUGCACUCAGUAAUCUUUUCUGCCAAAGAACCAAAGGGUAAAAUAUUACCUGCCUGGGUACCAAUAUUGUGUUUUGUGCAUAACAUCAACAACUGAGUUCACAUCUAUGUUACUGGAAAUGUAUAUCAUGGAAAGCCAAAGAAGACAUUUAGUGUUUUCUACUCAACCAAGAUGGAUGUUAAAAGUUUUGUGUUUGAGAAACAACUAAGCUUAAAAGCUAUGAAAGCUUUCAAAAAAGUAUCAAUAAGAUUUGUGCUUUUCCAAGAUGAUGAAGCAGAAUCCAAAGUGCCAAACAGAAAGCAUUUCAUACUGGGAUUUUUAGUAUUACCUCCUUGUCAGGGUUGGUCUCCUGAGUGAGUGAGACAUGAGCUAUGUGAUUCAUGAGUUGUAAUGUAUGUUUCAGAAAUGUCCCAGGUACUGUAACUUGUCUAUGAUCUAUGACUGCUCCAUGGACACCACUACUGCUCUCUCCCUAAAAAAAAAAAACACAAAAAAAUCUAUAACUGUAAAGUAUAUAUAUACAAAGCAUAUCAGCUUAUUGUUGUAGAAAUAUUACAGUGUUAUAUGCAUACAGAAGCCUGAGACUUCUAUCAUGCAAAUGUGGAAAUCAUAAAACAGUUAUUUCUUCAGUGUACUUAAAAUAGCAAGGAGAUAAAACUUUGACCUGUAGCCAGCAUUAGCUCUACCUGUGCCUGCCUUAGUGAAUAACAGACUUUGUGAUAAAAACUCACCAACUUAGUGAUAUUCAUUAGCGUUCUGUGACAACGAAGAAUUUUGCCUCAAAUGGAAACCCUCAGAUCUGGGCUGUGUGGCCAAACAUCCCCAUCUGCUGUCAAAGAUUUCUGGUGCACAGGCACAAUCUAACUUUUUAUAACAUCAUUAUUAAUAAAAGACUCAUAUACAGAGAAAACUUAGAAAACUACAAUAAAGAUGCAAAACAGAUAUGGUUAUCUUGUAUGAAGAAAUAGAUUGUUAACAUUAUUUGAAGUUGGAAGGACAGCAGGUUAAAUUGAAUAAGAAGAAAUUAAGACCUGUGUUACUGUUUCUUGUGCUAGAUGCAUGGCUGUCUAUAAAGUAUUUAAAAUACCUUUAGGUCAAGAUACUUAAUCCAUUUAAGUGCUGGAGACAUACAUUUAAGAAUUACAGUAAUUGGAGAGACGUAUGUAUUAGAUCAAUUUCAAAAUUGUAGACAAGUACAUACAUAUGUAUUCAGGAGAAUACACAAGUAUGUAUAUAGGUAAAAACGAGAUGAAAGUAAUGCUUAUGCCAUCAAAGAUCUGUGUCAAUAGCUCAGCCAAACCCUCUGACUAGGUAUCAGAGAAGUCAAUACAGUAACUUACAUAAUCAUUUAGACUUUGCUCUGUUAUUAAUGGUUCUGUGUAACAUUAACCAUUAAUAUUCAUCCCAUCAAGUAGGCACAAGUUAUUAUUUCCCAAAAGAGAUGAAUGCUUGCAGCUUUAGUCUCUUAACCUACCUAUAUACAUAUAUGAAUAUAAAUAUAUAUAUAUAUUUAUUUAUUGGAAUUGAUUGAAAUAAAGUGAUAUUUAUUGUGUCAUCUUCCUAGAAGAUAUCAAUUACCUAUUUUUUUAUGAAAGUAGGUGUUUUUGUAUGUUGAAAUAUGGCAGUUUAUUAAAGUAUGAAAUGGUUAAAAGUUUUAAAGUUUGUUCAGUAUGUAAUAAUUUGAGAUGCAUCUUGAGACUUCUUCCAAACUGAUGCACUCAGCUUGCCUUUAUCAGUUCCACAUGCAACACCUAAUAUUUGUGCAUUCAUUAAUUUGCUCAAGAUGUAAUGUUAUGUAAAUUUAUAUGUAUUUCUAUUUUCAAAACUUCAGCUUUAUGUGAAACAAAAAUCUCUUAUUAGUUUCUGUGAACAUCUUUAUAUUCCCAGCCUCUUGGAACUCUUUUGCAUUUACACAUUCAAUCAAUGUGUAUUUUCUUUUAUAUAAUCUGCCUAUUCUGUCAUGAUGGAAUCUGAAGCUGUAUAUUUUUUGGGGGAGAGCAUGUCCCUGAUAUGUUACUGAUUACACAAUGUGCAGGUUUUUGUUGAUGCUGUAAUUUGUUACAAUGGAGUUAUGUAAAAUUUUAUUUUCUUAAUGAUACUGAAUUAUGGAUCAUACGAUUAAUGUGUCUCGUUACAUGUGGCAUGUGAGGUCAGUGGUUGUGACACUCUUGUCCCCAGAAAGUUUCUGACUCACACUUAUAAGGCACUGCACACCACACUGAUAGAGCAGCCAGCAGUGAUCUCAGUCCUGACAGGUCACACACACACACACACACACACACACACACACACACACACACACACACACACACACACACACACACACACACACACACACACACACACACACACAGUUUUUUA